AUGCCGAUUGAAGCUCUGCCGGAGGACACCACCCGUGCUCUCGGCUCCUCUCUGGUCCUCAACGAUGCUAAAUCACUCGUCAAAGAGCUCAUCGACAAUGCUCUGGAUGCCCAAGCUACAGCUAUCAGUAUUGAAAUCUCGACAGAUACACUGGACGUCAUCCAGGUAAAGGACAACGGCACUGGCAUCCAUGUUCAAGAUCGACAGCUUCUUUGUAAACGUGGAUGUACUUCUAAGAUUAGAACCAUUGAUGACCUCGGACGACUCGGUGGUGCCUUUCUCGGAUUUCGAGGUGAGGCUUUGGCAAGUAUAGUUGAAUUGAGUCAGUUUGUGACCGUUACUACUCGUGUGGAUGGGGAAAUUGUGGGGACAUCGAUCAAAUAUGCUGCUUCAGGAAUGAUCAGUUCUUCUUCAGCUUCUCAUGCCGUCGGCACAACGGUACGCGUGCAAGAUUUCCUCAUGAAAAUACCGGUCAGAAAACAGUCCGCUUUGAAAGCGACAACGAAAACUCUGGAGGCUAUAAAAUCUCUCCUUUUCGCGUUCGCAUUCGCGAGACCUGAAGUACGCUUCUCGUUGAAGGUGUUGAAAGCGAAGAAUAACAGGCUCAACUGGACUUACGCUGCAACACCGAACCAGUCUCUGAGAGAAAUCACUACGAAGAUUGUUGGAACGGAGCUCGCAUCUGUAUGUGCGCAUCAUACUAUAACCUCUGAUGACUGCCGUGCCACUGUGGGCACCGACUGGGCCAUCAGCGCCAUCUUGGUCUCCGCAACCGCCGAUCCUGUCAAGAUACGCAACACCACACAGUAUAUUUCCGUCGACGGCCGCCCGGUCAACGCAGAACGACAGACGAUGAAAGAGAUUGCCAAGUCAUAUAAGCGGCACGUCCAGAACAGUGUCUUGUCGGCGACCGGUGUCUCGGUCCAGCGACCAUUCCUCUGCAUGCAGAUACGUUGUCCCCUGGAGAGCUAUGAUGUUAACGUCGAGCCUGCGAAGGAUGAGGUUCUUUUUUUCGACCUUCGCUCCGUUCAGCUGUUGUCAUUGGUGGAAAGCUUGUUCCGUCGAGCAUAUCCCACGCCCGGUGAUCGUGAAGAAGGGGCAGCGAACUCAGCCACCGACAAAGACACGGCGUCACCCCGUGCGACGUCCAUCUUUGACAAGAACACGCUUCGUUCAAAACGCUCUGGCGCAGAGAAACGUGAUGUGGUGGAUAGUGAAGCUGAGCAAGAACCCCUAAACUCAGAAGGUUCACCUCUAGGUGGAUCAAGCAUGAGGAAUCCUUUUGUCAUCGCGGCUAUGAAUGCCAGAAUCAAGCCCGUAAAGAUGGGCAGCAAUCAAGCAAGCGAGUCAUCAAGGAUGAGUGGAACUGCUGCGUCUGGCAUUCCAGAUGAAGAAGCCCUGUCGGACCCUCAUCCGGGAAACUGCUCGCUGGGGACGACGCCCGAAUCUCCUCUACUGGGCAGCGGUCACAAUAGCCCGUAUACAUCCCCCCGACCAGGACCUCCCACGAAGCGAAGAGCCAAAGCUACCACCCAAAUAAACGAUGAAGAAGUGGUAGGCCCGAUCGCUUCUGUUGAACGUCACGUUGCCACUCCUCAGCAGACAGGCUUACAGUCAUGGUUAACCCCAAAUGCUUCGUCACCUCCCCUUAUCCGUCUUGGGAGUGCAAGUACAAACAUUCAACGGCCUAGCUCGUCAGCAGAUACCACCACGCGAAUCCGUGAUGUGACGCCUCCAGUAUACAACGGGAUUCGACUGAGCUCGCACAUCGGUCGAAGCUUGGAACCUGGCCAUAAGCCUUUCAAAGUUCCGUCCAAGGCCAAAUCUCAAGGCCAAGUGUCUGGGGCCCUGCCCCCAACACCGCCAUCUAGUCUUCACGGUCGGCAUCAAAGAUAUCUACACGGAGGAUCCGCAAGCCAGUCUAUCGCCUUAACUUCAGACGAAAAUGACGGUAUGAGCCUGCUCUCUACCCAGCAACUUCGGCACAGGACAAGUACAGUUGGUUCUGCAUACUCUCCGCUGAGCGAGCUGUCACGACAUCAGACGGAACUGAAUGAUAUCAUGGACUUCGAACACCGAAAGAAGGCCGCGAUAGCUCAUCAAAAAAUACAGGCGGCCGGAUCGCUGUCAAGUCCGUCAAGGAACACAUUAAGUCGCUCGAGCCAAUCUGAGUCGAUUGGUGCGUUGGCCGGCACUGUUGAGAAAGAGCCAAUGUUUGAGGACUAUGCAACCAAAUUUGGCAGCAAGGAGGACGGCAACGUGAAACAGUCAAACCCGGAUCUUGGUCGCGAGCAUUGUAAGAAAGGCGUCAAGAAUCUAUCCCACUCUCAUCCGGUUGAUCCGGAUAAAGAAAGCGAAGCACUUCUUGGUCCCGAUAAGCAUUGCGUCUCUCUGGCUAAUAGUGCGGGGACUGCUCCCGAUGCACGGCCUGUGGUCCCGUCCGAUGAUCCACGGGCUUACAUGAUGAGACAGCCACCGAGGCAAUUACGAGGCAAACUGCACCGCACCAAGUCCUCCAAAUUACCACUCGAAAGCAUGCUUCCUGGAACCGAAACUUUCGGUCUGGCACUAACGACAAAUGUCUUCGACAGUCUACAAGGCAUCAGCAAGCACGUUCUGAGCCUCGCAUCCAUCGAUUCGUAUAUAAGACAUGGCAAAGUGGCCUGUGCAAAUCUCGACUCAGCUGAUGCAUCAACUCUCCGGGACUGGGACUACUCCGUCCGCAGGUUAGUCGACACAAGAUACCCUCUACAGACAUGA